AUGAAGGGAGCAAAAGAGAAACCUAAAAUAGAGAUUGAAAAAAUCAGCUUGAAAUCUCUCCGCAUCCAUUCUAGGGAGAACCUCCUUAGACGGGAACAACGAGCUUUGAAAACCUUACAAGACGAUGCUGACAUCAUCAUCAAACCCGCCGACAAGGGGGGGAAUAUUGUAGUGAUGGAUGUGGACCAAUAUCUAGAUAUGGCCAAACGGGUCCUGAAGGACACUGAGACAUAUACAAUCCUUAAACAUGAUCCUACGGAUGAUUUUCUGUCCAAAUACAAGGAGAUAUUGGAGGAUGGUCGCAGUGGAGGGUUGCUAUCUG